GACAAACAUAAAAUCCCAAACGAGAGAGAGGGAGAGAGAGGGUCUUGAAAUGCUCCAUUUUCCGAUUAUAAUCUCCAUCUGUUCUUCUUUUUUGACGAUUUUUUCGUCGAUCGAGUAAAGAAGAGCUGAAAUCCGGAAAUCGACUUCUGUUGUUGAAUUCGGUGUUGAAAAGGUAUUAUUUCUGCCUUUUUUUUGAAAGAUCGAGAUUGAAGAGGGUAGGUGAAAAUUAAUGGCAGCGAUGGUUGCUAGGGGUAGUAGUCAAUUGUCUUCUUCGAUUUCAGUCCAAGAAAAGGGAAGUAGGAAUAAAAGAAAAUUCCAUGCUGAUCAACCUCUUGGAGAUCCCAACAAACUCACUCCUCCAUCGCAGCCUGAAUGCACGGCUUGCUGCGAACUUGAGAAAUCCCAAAACAGCCUGGCUUCCGAACAACAUGCAGUCUGUGAUUUGCGUGGUUUUCAGCAAGACCAGCUCAAUGGGCUUACGUCGGAUCGGGGGUCAUCGUCAGAUUUUGGGUGUGAGCUGCCUAGAGACGAGCUAGAAGUUGAGUUCCGAGAUAAUGUGGAUUGGAGCGAUGUCACGGAAACCCAGCUAGAGGAGCUUGUUUUGUGCCAUUUGGACACGAUUUAUAAGAGUGCGAUUAGAAGGAUUGCCACUCAUGUCCAUAGCGAGGAUGUUGCUACGCAGGCUGUAAUGAGGCCUGGGCUUUAUUAUGGUUGUAAGGACAUUGUAUCGAAUAUUGUUGAUAAUGCAUUGGCAUUUUUGAGAAACGGGCAAGAGAUAGAUUCUUCAAAAGAUUGUAUUUUUGAGGAUUUGCAGCAUUUGGAGAAGUACAUAUUGGUGGAGAUGGUUUGUGUGCUUAUGGAGGUUUGGCCAACCUUCAGCAUGGGGGAUGCAAUGUGGCGCCUGCUGAUCUGCGACAUGAACAUGUCAGAUGCUUGUGCCGUGGACGGCAAUCUGUUGGGUAGUUUUGGCAGUGAUGAGGCUGCAGGGAGUUUGUCUGUUUCAACGGUUUCGCAGGCAAUAUCAGAGGCUAAUGUGUCUGUUCCAAAUGGGCCCGAAGCAAGUGGUGUGAGGCCUAGUAAACCAAAUAAACUGAACCCGAGUGGGCCUGAACUGCCCUCUGUGGCUGGGAUCCCAAAUUUACCGUCUGCUAGGUUCUCUGCAUUGGGAAAUGCGCCUAAUCUGGAGAAAGAGAGUGAUGUUUCUUUAGCUGAUCAUGGGGAAGAAUCCUCGUCUUUUACUUCAGACCAUGUUCCAACAAUGCCUCGAUCAUCUGCAUCUCGAUUGUCUUGGCCCGAUGAUAAAACAGGCGGAGGUAGAAAGGGACAUAUAAAUAGUUCUAAGAGAGAUUCUCUCUUCCGGCAGAAGUCGAUUCAUCUGGAGAAAAGCUAUCGAGCAUAUGGAUCUAAGGUAGCUUUAAGAUCAGGUAAACUCAAUGGGUUGACUAGUUUUUUCAUGGACAAGAAAUGCAAGCCUGUAUCAGAAGCAGCCAUUUCUAAUUUGAAGAACGCAUCCUUAAAAGUAAGCAAGGUGGUCGGAGUUGGUUCAUCUCAAAUUGAUGGAAUUGCUAAUCUUUCUAUUAAUGUUGGAUCCACUUCUGAUCUGGGUUUCAACACAAAAGAAAACAGCAAUCCAUCCAUGUUACCUGUAGCUAGUACUGAACUUACUUUGUCGUUACCUUCGAAAAACAGUGGUGCUUCCAAGCCUGAUGGCAAUGUGGAGACAGAUGUUAGCUGCUCUGGGAUUUCAUCGGAUAAUAUCUUUGGGCAGUGGCCCCCACAGGAUAAGAAGGAUGAGAUGCUGCUAAAGCUGGACUCUCGCGUGCGGGAACUGCAGAUUCAGAUGCAAGAGUGGAGAGAGUGGGGGGAGCAUAAGGUGAUGGAUGCUGCACGCAAACUGAGCAAGGACAACGCCGAGCUCAAAAUGCUAAGGCAAGAGAAAGAGGAAGUUGCCCGCAUCAAGAAAGAGAAGCAGACUCUGGAAGAGAACACUAUGAAGAAGCUCUCAGAAAUGGAGAAUGCGUUGGGCAAGGCUAGCAGGCAGGUUGAUAUGGCGAAUGCCACCGUCCGCAGGCGCGAGGUGGAGAAUUCUGAGUUGAGGCAGGAGAUGGAAGCAGCAAAGUUGCGGGCAGCUGAAUUGGCUGCGAGGCAUGAGGAGGUUUCAAGGAGGGAAAAAAAGACAUUGAAGAAAUAUGAGUCAUGGGAGAAGCUGAAGACCUUUUUCCAGGAGGAGCUUUUGACAGAAAAGAGCAAGCUUUCUCGGCUGCAGCAACAGCUAGAGCAAGCUAAAGAGUACCAUGAUCAACUCGAGGCCAGGCGGAAACAGGAAGAGAGGCUGAAGGAAGAAGCACACUUGCUGGCCGAUUCUGAAAGAAAAGCAAGAGAACAAAUCGAGGCUUCAGCAAAAUUAAAGGAAGAUAAAAUAAGAUUAGAAGCAGAAACCGAUUUCCAAAGAUAUAGAAAUGAUAUGGGCAGGCUUGAGAUCGAGAUUGCGCAGGUAAGAUUGAAGGCCGACUCUUCCAAAAUAGCAGCGUUACAUUGGGGCGUUGAUGGCAGUUAUGCUUCCCGCCUUACGGAUGUUAGAAGCAACCAUUCUCUCAAGGAGAACACGCAUUACAUUUCCGAAAUGACUGAUUUCCAGGACUCGGGGAUCGGAGAUGUCUGGUGCGAGCUGGAAUGUGUGAUGUGCUUGACUGAAGAGAUGUCUGUUGUCUUCCUUCCCUGUGCCCACCAAGUUGUCUGCACAAAAUGCAAUGAACUACAUGAGAAACAGGGAAUGAAGGAUUGCCCUUCUUGUAGGACUCCUAUCCAACAAAGGAUUUGUGCUCGCUUUGUCCACUCUUAGCCAACAUCUUCUGUCUGAACUCUUAUUUUCGUAAAAGAAUUCCAAUAAUGGAUUGUGGAACUUGAAAGCGAAUAAUGCAUCUGAAGUUGUCUUCUAUAGAGCUUUAACCAUCAAUUGCAUUAAUAAUUGUGAGUUCUUCUA